AUGGAUCCAUUCAUAAUUGCUGCUAUUGUUAGUGGUAUUGUUCUAAUUAUUUUAAUUAUUGCAUUUCUUCGUGUGUCACAAGUUAAUACGAAACCUGCCGCAAGACCAAGAGCUGUAGCUCAAAGAGAUGGAGGUCCAGGAAGAGUCCAAGCAGUAAGAAAUCAACGGGCUCGUAUGAGAGCAAAUGCUGCACGACAUGCUGCCCCACUUGAUGAAGAGCCUAUCAUUCAUGAAGAAGUAGAAGAUGAAGACAGAUCUGAUGUCCAGACAAUGGAAAUUGAUGAUAAAAUGGGAGCUAAGAAAAGAGCUAAAAUGGAAGCUAAACUGGAGAAAAAAAAAGCUAGAGAAGCAGAGGAAAAGAUAAGAGAGAUAAAAAAACAACGUGAUUUAGAAUUAGAAGAGGAACGUAAAAAAGUAGAAGAAAAACAAGAGGAAGAGGAAAGAAAAGUUGAAGAAGCUCUCCGUAAAGCAGAAGAAGAGAGAAAGAAACAAGAACAAGAUGAGUAUGAAGCAUUAAAGGCAGCAUUUACUGUUGAAGGUGAAGGGUUUGAUGAAAAUGAGCAAGAAGAUGCAUCUAAUCUUCUGCGUAACUUUAUAGAGUAUAUUAAGACACAAAAAGUAGUUCUACUUGAAGAUCUUGCAGUACAUUUCAAACUAAAAACACAAGCAGUUAUUGACCGAAUAACUGAACUGCAAGAAUCAGGCGAGUUAACAGGUGUUAUUGAUGACCGAGGAAAAUUUAUUUAUAUUGCCUUGACAGAAUUAGAGGCUGUAGCCAAGUUUAUUAAACAAAGAGGCAGAGUGUCAAUAUCGGAAUUAGCAGAGAGUAGUAACCAAUUAAUAAAUCUGAAUCCUGUAACAGUCUCCACAUAA